AUGUCUGGUGCCAACUCUAUCGACCUCUCGAAAAUCCGGGAGCAAUCUGAUGGUUCUAUGACAGGUAUGAUGCUGCUGGCAUUCAAUGAAGUAGUUGUGAAUAAUCCGUACUUUGCGGCCGGAGGAGGACUCAUGUUGUUGGGAACUGGAUUGGCUCUAGGAAGACUGGUGAUAAUAAAGGGGUGUGGAUUUGCCUAUCGUAGGAUGCUUGUGGAUUUGGAGAUUCCAUCGAAGGAUAAGUCAUAUUUAUGGUUUUUAGAGUGGAUGUCUAGAUAUAAGCAUAGAAGUUCAAGACAUUUGGCUGUUGAAACUAACUACAUACAACAUGAUAAUGGAGCAGUUUCUACCAAAUUCAGCUUGGUACCUGGACCUGGAAAGCAUUUGGUUAGAUACAAAGGAGCGUUUAUGUUGGUAAAUCGUGAAAGGUCAGGAAAGCUCAUCGAUAUGACCAAUGGGUCUCCAUUCGAGACUGUCACAUUAACUACACUCUAUAGAGACAGAAAGUUGUUCGGGGAUAUGCUCAAUGAAGCUAAGAUGAUGGCAAUGAAAGCCAACGAGGGAAAGACCGUUCUUUAUACAUCUUGGGGUCCUGAAUGGCGACCCUUUGGACAACCUCGCAAGAAGAGAUUACUAGGUUCUGUCAUCUUAGACGACGGAAUUGAAGAGGCUGUUGUGGACGACGUGAAAGACUUUCUCACAAGUGGCGACUGGUAUCACAAAAGAGGUAUUCCUUAUAGACGGGGAUAUUUAUUAUAUGGGCCGCCAGGUAGCGGGAAGACUUCAUUUAUUCAAGCAUUGGCGGGUGAGUUAGAUUACAACAUUUGCAUAUUAAAUUUGUCAGAAAAGAAUUUGACUGAUGAUCGUUUGAAUCAUUUAAUGAAUCAUAUUCCUCAGAGAUCAAUUUUGCUUUUGGAAGAUGUUGAUGCUGCAUUUAACAAAAGAGAACAGAGCGAUGAACAAGGAUUCACGUCAGGGGUAACAUUUUCUGGGUUAUUGAAUGCCUUAGAUGGAGUGGCAAGUGCGGAGGAAUGCAUUACUUUUAUGACGACAAAUCAUCCUGAAAGACUAGACGGUGCGUUGCUCAGACCAGGAAGAGUAGACUACAAAGUAUUAAUAGGCAAUGCCACAGAUUAUCAAGUGAAAAAGAUGUUUUUGAGGUUCUAUGAAAACGAACAUGAAUUAUGUGAAGAAUUCAUGCAAAAAUAUAGGGCUUUGGGAUUGACCACCGUCAGCACAGCCCAGUUGCAGGGAUUAUUUGUGUACAACAAAAGGGACCCUGAAAAUGCUCUUAAGAUGAUCGAAACUUUGAGGCAUCCCAACACUGCCUUUUAG